GAGAAAAACUGAAGUAAGGAACUCUGACUGCUUGAGAAGCAAGUAAAAUCAGCCCUCAAGGUGAUGGAUCUCAAACCAAGGCAGGAGGUUUUGGACUGCAACUUGAUCAAGCGUUCCAAACUGGUGGAAGUCAAGGGAGUCCCUCUGAUCAUCAAUACAGCAACAAACUGGGGUCACUUGUGGGCCUUUAAAGCCAGACCAGAGGAUCUUCUGAUCUGCACUUAUCCCAAAGCAGGUACCACCUGGAUUCAGGAGAUUGUGGACAUGGUUCAGCACGGAGGAGACCCACAGAAAUGUGCUCGGGCCCCAAUACAUGAGCGUAUGCCCUUCACAGACUUGUUCCCUCCAAAACCUAUGACUUCAGGACUGGAAGAUGCAGAGGCGAUGCCUUCUCCACGCACCCUGAAAACUCACCUUCCAGUUCAGCUCUUGCCUCCUUCCUUCUGGGUACAGAAAUGCAAGGUCAUUUAUAUGGCCAGGAAUGCCAAGGACAAUGUAGUCUCCUAUUUUCACUUCCACCGCAUGAACCAGGGGAUGCCAGAACCAGGAAACUGGGACCAGUUUCUACAAGAUUUUCUUGCUGGGAAAGUUGCGUGUGGGUCUUGGUUUGACCAUGUCCGUGGCUGGUGGGAAGCCAAGGACCGGCACCCAAUUCUAUACCUCUUUUAUGAAGAUAUGAAGGAGGACCCAGCCAGGGAAAUCCAGAAAGUAGCCCAGUUCCUCAGUAUAGAGCUCACAGAACCAGUUCUGAAACGGAUCGAGCAGAACACAACAUUUGAGAUCAUGAAAGCAAACCCGAUGACUAAUUACAGCACGAUCCCUUCUUCCUUUCUGGACCAAACCGUGUCACCUUUCAUGAGAAAAGGUGGGCCUGGAGACUGGAAGGAACACUUCACAGUGGCUCAGAGUGAACAGCUAGAUGAUGUCUGUGCUCGGAAACUGGAGGGCAGCGGCCUGACCUUCCACACGCAGCUGUAA